AUGAAGGGUAUGUUGGGUUGCACCUUAUUAGCCGCACGUACAGACACGCAUAUCAAGCCGUUGAUGGAGGCCACUAUAUGGGGAGAGGUGAAGAGUGGGUAUUGGAAGGGGAAAUCGAGAGUACGUCCCGAGACCUGCUUAGGGUAUUUUGCGGCGAGCAAGAUUUUGGAGGAGUGGCGGUUUGUGGAGAGGUGGAAUGAACAGAAUUUGGGGCCGGCUAUGAUGGUCUUCCAUGAUUUGGAUACGGUCCUAAGACGGAGCAAGGAUUGUACCGGCAAUCUUGCAAGGAUUUCAACAAACAGAUCUUCACUCAGCUGUCCCACAAGCAACGAGUCCCCCAGUACAGCAACCUGGGGAAUAAUAAUAAACCUGGCUGCUGCAGGAUCCUGUGGCGGUAAGGCCACCUCUUCAAAAACCUCUUGCGCCACGUCGAACGAAGGAGCCAGUGCAUCUUGCCUCCCACGAAAGCGCCCGUACUACAAAACGAUAUUUUGCUGUUGGGGCACUGGUGCACAAGCAAAUUACCUCUGCGCCACGCGUUUGAGUUCAAGGAAUAGACGUUGA